AUGGUUUUUGUUUCUUCGAUGGCUAACCUGAUAUAUUCCUUCACAUUGAAUUGUAAUUUUCAGUUUUUGAAAGAUUUAACUAAUCCUUCAAAAUAUCUUUAUGCAUGUGAAGCAAUAAACGUAACAAUUCGAAGCCCAACAACAAUAGAUUUUGUGACGAAUCUUCAUCACCCUGGUCAGCGGGAUAAAGAUGUUAGAAUAUUCAUCAUAAAACAUAAUUUAUGUCAUAAUCUUCCAUUAAAAAUAGAAAAGUUUUUCCCAAAUCUGUCGGAAAUAGAAGUGAGUUCCAGUGAAUUAAAAAUGUUACACAGAGAUAACUUUGCAUCACUAACUAAACUAACAAUGGGGAUUUUUUCGGAAAAUGAUUUAGAGCACCUGCCUGGUGAUUUGUUCAUUUAUAAUUCACUGCUAACUCACAUUGACUUUUCACAAAAUAGAAUUGUCAGUGUUGGUCACAAUUUUUUCAAUAGUUUAUACAAUUUAAAAUAUUUGUUGUUUGAAGAAAACAUUUGCUUUAAUAGUUUUGAAUUAAAUGCAAGUAUUGAGUUGGUUAAGAAAGAAAUAUUGAAAAGUUGUUCGAAUGUAGUAAAUAGUGAACAACGAAAUGAUUUAAUUUCAUUAAAAGUAGAUGAAGAUAGGAAAAACUCACAUUUUAACGACACUACAAAAAAUGUUACAAUAUACCAAGAAAAUGUAACAUUUUCACAAAAAGUGCCUCAAUUAUCGAAAAAAAGUUUUGGUAGAAUUCAAACAAUUUCGUUUCAAAUAAUUGUAGCAUGUUUAGGUUUCGAUUUUGUAUCAAUUUGCUUUUCCAAUUAA